AUGGAUACAACAAUAAAGCAAGAACCAAUGGAACGAAACGAGGACGAGUCUAAGCAACUCAAGGUACAAGAUGAGAUCUGUAAUCAACCAGAGCAACUCAAGCAGGAAAUGCACAAUCAUGUGAAACCGUCAGGUCGUAAUCAUUAUCGAUCCAAGUCACGUAAUCAUAAGAAGAAGCAACAACAACAACAACAACCAAUACUAUUGAAGCAGCUAUUAUGGAAGGCCAAGGAUAAGCAACCGACCUCUGUGCAAACGCUGCGAGACGAGAGUAAUUGCAAUGAAAGAAACAAACAAGAGGAUGACAAAGUGACAGGACAGAAGCUAGUGGACGAGAAUGAAAGAGAGACGCUAGUUCCUACGACCAAGAGGAAGAUGGUUCGAGGACUUGUACAUGAAGCAUCAUCAUCAUUGGAAUCAUUUGUGGCUGGUUCAUCUAGUCAGGAGACACAAAGUGGAUCGGAAGAUGACGUUGUUUUCUUGCGGUAUAGUGAUCUACGACCGGCUGUGAAGGCAUCAGCCAAGUGGCAGAUAGACAAGAAGCACCGGGACGGCAUGGAGGAGAUAGAGAAAGAAGAGUCUGCUACGCCCAUGAUACUGUCGGACGAGGUGGUGACGAACCAGUUUGAACUAGAAAAUGCUGCAGCGACGCGUCGGAAACAGCGACAGAAGUAUAAAUUAAAACAGAAGCAAAAACGUGCAGCAGCUAAAGGGCACAAUCGACUUCAACAUCAACAGAAGCAGAAAGACAAGCAGCUUCACGAUACAGAGGAAGACGCGGGGUUUACGCUGGAUGAUGGCGAGAACACGAGUGUCGACAAUGCUCACCCACCCGCGGAUCUAAUGGUGGACGCAAGCGUCGUUUGUACUGUACUUUCAGUCGCGGAGGAAGUAAUGUCAUUUAUCGUAGUAGGCAACGUUGCGUGCCCUGUCGUGGCUGAUUCCGAUGAGCAACAGCCUGUCGGAACUUCUAGCGCAUCCAACCAGAGCGAGGGUAGCAGUACAGAUUUGAACGUAGCAAUAGCGAAUAUCCGUCAAGAUAUGAGCACCAUGUUGGACAACGCCAAGGAGACACAGGUGCAGUGUCGCGACAGCUUUAUUGUGGAAGAUUCAGGUUUUGACGCAGCUUCAAGCUAUGAUUUCUUCAAGCACCGCUUUUGCAAGAUCCAGAAAAGCGUUGACAUUGUGUACUACUAG